AUGCGUGUCGAAAACCACGUUCACGUGCGCCAUAUAUUACUGUAUCGCUUUGAAAAAGGCAACACAGCUGGUGAAGCUUUUCGCGAUAUCAACGAGCUUUUUGGUGAAGGAACAAUUGGAAGAAGUACGGUCACAGAAUGGUUCCUUCGCUUUAAAAAUGGUGACACAAGCUUGGAAGAUAAACCUGGAAGAGGAAGACCAUCAGAUUUUGACGACCAAGCACUUUUGGAUGUUGUGGAAGAAGACGAAAACCUCACUACCCGAAUUUUGGCCGAAAUGUUUAAUCGACGUUUAUCUGGCUCAGCUCGACCGCCUCCAUGCAGCCAUCCAAGCCAAGAGACCCCGCAAAAAGAACCACAUCGUCUUCCAGCACGACAACGGCAAGCCCCAUGUCGAGCAUCGAGUGAUCGAAUCGAUCGAAGAGAAGGGUUGGGAUCUGCUCCCGUACCCGCCAUACUCUCUCACGGAAGCUCCCUCGGACUACCACGUCAACCGCUCAUUGAAAAACUGGAUGGUGAACAAAUGGCCGGAACAGAAUUAGAUCGACAAAUACAGUUCUAUGAAAGUAUGACGAUGAUUACGGCUUCAGAAUAUGAUCACAAUCCUUUAUCGUUUUGGAAAGAACAACAGGAUAAUUUAACAAUGUUAGCUAGAAUAGCCAAAUCAGUUCUUGCUAUACAAGAAUGUGAUAAUUAUAUUCGAGCAAGUUCGACAAUAAAAGUGGUGUUGGUAAUGUCGGACACAUUCAGUCAAUCAACAGUAGCUCGUCUACAUGAUCUAACCCAGCUCGUAUGCUGUUAUAUUGUUCAUCGUGACAAUACGAAUGAUACCACGUGGACAAACCAAUAUCAGAAAAUCAAGGGUGUGUUCAAUCAUCAUGAUGAAAUAUUGGAGCGAAUCAUUCAAGAUCAAUUUGAUCGUAAAAAGUUGGAAGACAGCACUUCAAUCUCACUGAUACCGAACGAGUCUCAGUCACUUGAGUCGAGAAAUGCUAAUUUUAUGUGGUUUCUACUUUAUGUCGAAGUUCUACUUCGAAUGAAUCAUCCCGAGAAUGCCAAAGAUGAAUUGAUCGAAAUAUGCAAGAAACUAUAUACAGAGAAACCAGAUGAAUUGUCCAAUAUCGAUCGACUUCAACGCGAAUACACAUCCGACAAAGCCAUUUGGUGGUAUACGGAAGAUACAUGUUUCUAUCGUCUUCUCAACAAAGCUCUACGUUGUCGAGAUUUCGACAUGCUCUUUGCGCUUCGUUUCUUUAUCACGGACAUUGCCAGAGAUAUCAAACGCGAACACGAACAAUUCAUUCGUACGAGCACAGUUCGAGAGCCGUUUGAGGUCUAUCGAGGCCAAUUUAUUAGCAGCAGUGAGCUACAGUUGAUGCUCGACAAUGUGGGCGAAUUCGUUUCGAUGAACAGUUUUUUAUCCACCAGUCGCAACCGUAAAACAGCGAUGAGCUUUCUUCGAAAUGUUACGGUAGAGUGCAACAAACGACUUGUUCUCUUAGAAAUUUCCAUCGAUCCACGUUUACCAACAAAGGCAUUUGCCGACAUUAAACAGCUCAGUUCCUUUUCGGCAGAGAAUGAAGUACUUAUUACGUUGGGAGCUCUCUUUCACAUCGAUAAGAUAUUCGAGCAUUCUCAAGAAAGUUUCUGUGUUGUCAAAUUAUCGUUGGCAAGUGACAACGAUUAUCCUUUGAAGAGAAUAUUUGACUAUAUGAAACGAAUGAUCGGCGACGAAAGCACUCUUGAUUCGCUAGGAAAAAUUCUCGAACAAAUGGGCGAGCAUCAGUAUGCGUGUAAAUACUAUGAGCGAAUGAUGCACGAAACUCAAAUGACCCUUGCUAACUGUCAAAUGGGCAUCGGCAGAGCCAUGUACGGCAUUAUGAGUUAUGAAAACGCCUUAAAACACUACGAAAAAUGUUUGAUUAUUCGUGAACGCGAACUGGGCAAGGACCAUGCCCAAGUUGGAAUCAGUUACAGUCGAGUGGGAGCCGCGCUUUGUCGUCAAGGAGAAGUGCGCAAAAGUUUGACUUACUUAGGCAAGGCUAGAGAAAUUCAAGAAAGAGUUCUCCCACCGAACAGUCUCGAACUAGCUGAAACAUAUAAUUCGUUCGGUUUAGCUUAUUUUACAUUGAAUGAACUCAAACAAGCUGCCAGUUACUUCACAAAAGUACUCGACAUUCGCUGCAAAGUUUUGCCGCUCGAUCACUCAGAUAUCGGAUUUGCAUAUAAUAAUUUAGGAAGCGUAUUUGAGCAAGAUCAACAAUACGAGGAAGCACUCGUGUACUGGAAGAAAUCGCUGUCGAUUAGUUCGAAAACAUUGCCACCUACCCAUCCUGAUGUAGAAAAAACUCAAGCGAGUAUUUGCCGAGUAACGGAGGUUUUAAAGGCUGAACAAGAACAGGCAUCACCGACAAAUGAUACAUUGGAUUUUUCAUGGAUAACGUCUCUUGGAAUGGAUUGA